UUGCUAUACAGCCCUGAAAAGCGAUUCAACCUUUGGGCUGUCAUUUCCCGGCACUUGUGGUCUUCCUGCUUAUUCAGGAAUGGAGAAAGUGGUUGCUUGUUCAUACAAAAGGCCAAAUGCUCUUUGUAGGCUUAUUUGCUUUCCCUGGGCUGCAGGGGGAACUUCUCAGUUUGCUCAGUGGGGCAGACUCUUCAGCGGUUCAAUAGAAGUGUACUCUAUCAGGCUUCCUGGAAGAGAAUCUCGUUUUAAGGAGCCUUUCGCACAAGACAUGACAACCGUAGUCAAUGAAAUUACAAGUGUAUUGUUAAAAGAUCUGCAAGAAAAACCAUUUGCAUUUUUUGGUCACAGUUUUGGAUCAUACAUUAGUUUUGCCGUUGCGCUACACUUGAAAGAAAACUAUGGACUAGAGCCGAUCCAUCUUUUUAUAUCAGGGGCACACGCCCCACAUUCUGAAGCUUUUCUUGCCAUCAGAAGACUACGUGAUAUAGAUGAUGAAGAUAUUACUGCACAUAUAAACAUUUUAGGAGGAACUCCUUCUGAGCUACUUCAAUAUGAAGACAUAAGGAAAAGUCUGAUUCUUACUUUAAGAGAAGAUCUUAGAGUUCUUCAGACAUUUUCUUUUGAGAAGGCAGAAAGGAAUAUUCCCCUCUCCUGCGAUAUUACCUGCUUUGAUGGGUCUGAAGAUAUAGCACAUGAUUUAGAAGCCUGGGAUGAUGUAACAAGUCAAGAUAUUUCCAUUUACAAACUUCCCGGAGGUCACUUUUAUCUGCUGGAACCAUCUAAUGAAAUUUUCUUGACAAAACACAUAACAAGAUGUAUAGAAAAUGCUGAUCUAUGAGCAUUUCUCUCUUUUUUAUGGCAGAUGGAGUAAUAUUAGUCUUCAGCACUUAAUAAUAAUCCACUCUUUCUGUACAAUUGCAUGCAGUUAUGCCUCAAAGUUGCUGUUUUCCUCCAGAAAAUCUUUUAUUGUAAUUCUUA